AUGUUUCAGGGCGUGGUGGGUUUCCAGGCGUCCCUCGAUGAUGACGGGCUGGUCGUGGCGACCCUCGAGCGCUCCGACCUGCGGGACGACGUCACGGCGUACGCCGCUCAGCUGUCCGGGGAGCCUCAGCUGGUCCUGGUUCAGUUUCAGAACACCAGCGAGCCGCUGCUGUUCAACACGUCGCUGCAUGGGGUCUGCUACAUGGUGGGGCUACUGGUCAGACUGGGACAGAGCUGGUCCAGACCCGUCAGGACCGUCCCAGUGCUCACGAAGCCACUUCCUGUCCACAGGGUCCAGGUCUCAGACUAUCGGGAGUCUCCAGAGACCGGUGUGGUGUUUCAGAUGGAGCCUCCAGCAGGAACCGUCUUCAGCAGAGUGAACAUCAGCUUCAGCGAAGCAGCCGAGCGGCGCUCCAUGCUCUACAAAGAUUUCUACAAAGGGAAGACGGUGUUCAAACACUGGUUACCUGGCGUGUGUUACCGGAACAUCACCUUCCAGCUGAUCUCUGAGGUCACAGUGUACCAGAAGGCCCUGGUGACCCACAUGCCCUACCCCCCCCUCAACAUUUCCCAUAAGAUCGUCCACCUGAGCCGGAGGACGCUGCCGGGUGAAACCCAAGACGUGGUUCCUCCUGAGGGGGCUGAGGAGAGCCAGCGAGCCUCCCGUCAAGCCCGGGACAUCCCGCUGAUAGAGGAGCAGCAGCAGGAGGACCGCAUCAACGCCGUGAACCAGACGACGGAGACUCGGAGCUCCCGGCUGGACCCGACCGACCCGCCUCCUGCCGACAGGGAGGAGGAGUUUGUUAACGCCGUAGUGUCGGACUACGAGGACUCCAACGAGCCUGGUUCAGCCAUGGGUCUCCCCUCCGAGGCCUCCGGCCUGCCCACCAAACUGCCCCCCAUCCUGCUGGAGCUGCGCUGGCAGCCGCCCAGACCCCCCACCAGCUACGACGGCUUCAACAUCUACAUCUCCAGAGAAGGUAACUCCACAGAAACCGCCACCGUGGAUGAAAACACUCACGAGUUCUUCACCGAGUUAACGGAGUCGGGAACGUACCGAGUCCAGGUCGCCACGCUCAGCUCGUCUGGAGACUGUGAGGCCCGGGAGAGCACCGCCGACACCGGCUUCACCUUCUACCUCAGUCCUACUGGUGAGUUGCUGGAGGAGCUCCGUGAGCGUCCCCAGGCCGUUGGCGUCCGUUUGCUGGACUCCAGCACCGCCGUGGUCUCCUGGGCUCCGUCCUCAGAGACCCACAUCGGCAGCCUGGUGUCGGUGGUCUCCACCACCUGCCUCCGCCCGAGCCUCAGCCAGAGGAUGGAGAGCACGUACUGCAGCGAGGAAAACUCCACCAGUGACAUCAUCAGUCACCUGACCCCUGGGGCCCAGUACCGGGUGGUGGUCCACCACACCAACGGGCCGCUGACGAGCCCGCCGUCCGAGCCCGUCAUCAUCGACAUCGAGCCCACAGGGGUCCUGCAGCUCUCCGUCUACCCCCUCAGCCCCACAGCGCUCAUCCUCAGCUGGCAGCGGCCGUUCCACGUGUCCUUCAGGAAGUUCGUCCUGCAGACGUUCUUCUUCAACCCGGUGACCUUGACCUCCGAGUGGACGACCUACUACGAGAUCUCAGGCACCGCCUCUGUCAUCGCCUCCGUGAGGGUCACAGAUCUGCUGCCGGCUUGGUAUUAUAACUUCCGUGUUGCCAUGGUGACAUGGGGCGACCCACCACUCAGCUGCUGCGACGGCUCAACGGCCAGCUUCAUUACAGCUCCAGAGGCGCCUCACAUCUCCUCCGUGGAUUACGCCCACGGCGUCCUCUUCGUGCGCUGGACGUACGGCGAGCUCUUCGUCGACCUGUCACACUCGCGGAUGCUCCACUGGCAGCUGCUCGCCGUGGGCAAGAGGGGGCCGGAGAGGAGCUACUCGGUGGACGUGACUCGUAACGUGAUGCGGGCCAGCCUCCCUCUGCCUCCAGGUGACAUCUACAACCUGACGGUGACGGCCUGCACGGAACGCAGCCGCAACACCUCCAACCCCACCAUCAUCAAGCUGGAGCCGGCCGCUCCGAGGUCGCUGUACGCCGUGAACGCCACCGCGUCCGCCGUGACGUUGCUGUGGACCGAGGACGGCGUGGUGGACCACUACCAGGUCCUCUGCAGAGCCACCGGCACGGAGCUCAAGACCCGCGAGCCUCAGACCUGCAGCUCCCACGUGGUCACGGUCUCCGGCCUGAAGCCCUCGUCCUCCUACAACUGCACCGUCACCAGCUUCAGCUACAGCACGGCCAGCAAGCCGGCGCACAUCACCAUCAGCACCGCCGCUGGUGAGAUUAAAACACUUCCUGUGGGGUUUUCACAAUAA